AUGAGACAUUUCGUAUCUGCUUGGACUAUACUACUGCUAGCCCUACACGUACAAGCCCAAAUAAUCGGAAUCCAGAAUGAACAGGACUUACAUGCUUCUUCCUUCACCACAACCGAUACAUCAGAUGUUGGCAGCUUAGCUGACCGUGGUCUCAUAACAGAAUCACCUACAUCAACCGACAUCCUCGAAAAUCACGCAAUCACGUCUCAUGACACGGCACGCAAUUUUAAUCAGCUCGUAUUGGGAUACGUGACGCCCUGGCAUUCAAAAGGAUAUGACAUUGCCAAAAAGUUUCGUGGCAAAUUCACGUAUAUAUCGCCUGUUUGGUACUAUAUCAAACCAAAGAAUUCGAAUUCGUUUAAAUCGUAUAAGUUGGAAGGGGGUCAUGAUGUUGACGAAGGCUGGAUGAAGGAGGUACGAGCUCCACUACCUGAUCGUCGGCGAGUCAAGAUUGUGCCUAGAUUUCAGAUACCUGGACUCUCUCAAGAAGCAUUCUUGGCUCUCGUCAGCGACGAGUCUAUCAUGAAGAAGAUUAUAAGGCUGAUUGCUGAUGAGUGCGAGAAGCACUCGUUUGACGGCAUAGUCCUCGAAGUCUUUCUCCCAAACUACCUAAAACGCUUCAUCCAACUCUUAUCUUCAACCCUGCAUACCUCUCAACGCGACCUAAUCCUAGUCAUAUCACCUUGGAAGGACGUUACAACAACCGCCGAUCCAUUCAGCCCAAGGGAUUUUGAGGAAAUGGUGGAAUAUGUUGACGCAUUUUCAAUAAUGACGUAUGAUUACUCUGUACAAGCCAGUAUUGGAGGACCUAACGCGCCCAUUGAGGAGCUGCAUAAGGCUGUUGAGAGAUUGGGGAAAGUAUCGCCUGGGAAUAGGAAUAAGAUAUUGAUGGGGAUGAAUUGUUAUGGGUAUCGAUUUGCUGUUUGGCCUGAGGGGCAGCUGGAGGCUAUUGUUGGCACAACGUAUCUAGAAAUCCUUUCAAAAUUCAGUCCCAAGAUAAAAUGGGACUCUACGUAUGGAGAACACUCCUUCCAAUACACUCAUGGCAAACAGGUGUAUGAAGUAUGGUAUCCAACACUUCAAUCUAUUGACGAUAGAUUGACUCUUGCGAAAGAAAUGCACUCUGGCAUAUCGCUGUGGGAGAUUGGUCAGGGAUUGGAUUACUUUUAUGAUUUGCUGUGA